AUGGCCAUCAACGUGGGGAAGGCAAACCUUGUGGAGCAAUUGGAGCUCAUCCUCAGUCUCCGUGGCUCCUACUCGAUAGUGGCAAUCGAUACGGAGUUCCCGGGGUUCAUUCGCGACACCCCUCGCAAUGCCACCGAGGAAGAAAGAUACAAUGACGUGAAGCACAACGUGGAUAACAUGCACCUGAUCCAGCUGGGCGUCGCCUUGUUCGACGAAGGCGGCAACACCCCAUGGCCGGGGUGCUGUUGGCAGUUCAAUUUUUCGGAUUUCGAUCCCGAUGUGGAUGCUUCCUCUCCCGACUCCAUCGAGUUGUUGGUACAGAGCGGGCACGACUUCCAGCAAAACCGACGACACGGCAUCGACGCGCAGCGGUGCGCCUAUCUGGUAUGCGUGAAGCUCUUCUGCCAACCCUACAGCUCCAAGUAUGUUACGUUUCAUGGACUCUACGACGUGGCAUUUGUGAUAAAGAUGAUCACCCGAGCCCCACUGCCCAACACCUUGAACGAGUUCUCUGAUUUGGUGGGGACCAUCUUCGGCCAGAUUUAUGAUCUCAAAUAUAUAUCUCGAUUUUGUGGAGGACUGCGUCGGGGAGAGAUUGGUUUGGUGGGACUAUCAAGGUUAUUGAACUGUGAACCCGUAGGGAUCCGUCACCAAGCAGCAUAUGACAGUCUACUAAUUGGGGCACUCUUCAACGAAAUGAAGCAACGAAGGCAUAACGUAGAGGACGACAGAUCUGCAUCGGUCCUCUAUGGUAUAGAGAAUAGAUGCGUCAAGAACAGGAGGACUCGAAGGAUUGACCGAAGAGGUCGGCCUUACCCAAGACGGCAGCAACACCCCUUGGCUGCCAUGGGGUUGGCGGUUUAA